UGAAACCAGAAAGAGGGAAGGGUUUGGAGCUCAUAUAUUAAAACCAGCAGCUGACUCACUGGGAGUCAGUAUCAGCUGCAGAGGCAGUGAGUAUACGAUCUGGUGGUAAAGAGACGGUAUCAAGACGGUAUCAGGUAUUUCAAUAAGAGGUCAUGGAACAUCAUGGGAGACCAGGCGAAGCGCACGGAGAACCGAACCACCCAAACCGCAGAGGUGGUAGAGCUGGUGUUCAUAGAGGACGUGGCAAUGCCCGUAACAAUGGCCAGUUGAGAAACCAUAACCAACAACCUAGGAAUCAAGGCUGGCGACAAAACGAGGAGGUUGGUGAACAAAGAGGAAGGGGAAGGAAUAAUCAAAGGCCUGCAGAACAUCAAGGCGGCAACAAUGGUCAUAGAAGAAAUUACAACCCAGAUGCAGAGCCACAGCGAAGACCAUUCCAUGAGCGAGCUCCAGGAAGUGAGCAUCAGGUUAGACGACUUGGAUUGAAAGAUCUGGAAGCCCUACUGAAAAAGGAUCCAUCCGAGGUUGUAAUCACACUAGCCUCACAUUCUGGUCUUAAAGAUCUGCUGUCAGCAACAUGGAUGAAGCCUAACUUUGUGGAGUUGCUGACCUCUGUUCUGUGCAGAGCCUGCACAUCCAGAAUAGAUAGGCAGAGCAUCCAGCAUCUUCUAGGAGAGGUCAAGUCCUCUUCCUAUUUGCGCACUUGCCUCCCACAGUAUGUGGUAGGGAUGAUUACAGAAUCUGUCCCUGAGCGGCGACAUCUCUACCCAGUUCAUUUAACUAACAUACUUCAACUUCUGCAAGAGAUCAUUAACAUCUUUCCUGCCAGCACAGUGCUUGAGACUUCAAUAAUUAUCAACCUGCUCCCUCCUUCUCUUAAUGCUCUGCGUACAUCUGGAGUGGAUGUAGGAGAUAAGAUAGAGCAGAACCUGGAGAUGGUAAAAAAUAGAAUAGAGCACCUUCAGGACAAGAGAAGAGAAGGAACUCUGAGAGCAGACACUCGUAUUGUUUUUGAUUCAGAACUUCCUCCACAGGACUAUAGAACUAUGAGUGUGUACCCCAACUAUGAUGAAAUUCACAGUAACGAGAAGCCAUUCCUUAGGCCAAAUUUACUGAACAACAAGUAUGAAAGUACGGCCCUUUAUCUGGACACACACUUCCGACUUUUAAGGGAGGAUUUUGUACGUCCGCUUAGGGAUGGGAUUCAGGAAUUGCUUGAGUAUGAUGAAGAUCGUGGCAUCCGUAAAAGGAGGUUUGAUGACAUUAGGAUUUACUUUGACACACGAGUAGUAGCACCAUUAUGUACACCUUCUGGCAUUGUUUACAAAGUGCAGUUUGACGUUUCACCCCUAAAGAUGGUGCGUUGGCAGAACUCAAAGAGGCUACUGUUCGGUUCGCUGGUUUGCCUGUCCCAGGACCAAUUUGAAACCCUCCUCUUUGCUACAGUUUCCAACCGUGAUAAUAAAGAACUUGAGAAGGGUGUAGUACAACUGCAGUUCAGCGAACAGAGUCGACAGCAACUGGCAAGAGUUCGCCCGUCUGACUCCUUCCUUAUGGUGGAAACCACAGCCUACUUUGAGGCUUAUCGACAUGUCCUGGAGGGGUUGAAAGAGAUGAGGGAUCAGGACGUGCCCUUCCAGAAAUACAUUGUGGAAUGCCAGAAUGACUUGACACCGCCUCGGUACCUCAACAUGGGAAUCCAUUAUGAUCUCAAUUGUUUAAAAUUAGAGAAAAAAAGUUUUAACUCCCCCAAGAAGGAUAAAAUCAAUAUCCUAGAGCCAAAUGACUGGCCAUUGAAAGAAGAUCUGGGUUUUGAUGAGUCUCAGAUGGAAGCUUUGAGACUAGCACUUACAAAAGAACUUGCCAUCAUCCAGGGGCCUCCAGGAACAGGUAAGACCUAUGUGGGUCUGAAGAUCGCGCAGGCUUUGCUUACAAACUCUGAUGUCUGGCAGAUUGAUGGUCGUGAGAACCCUGUCCUUGUGGUGUGCUACACAAAUCAUGCAUUGGAUCAGUUUCUGGAAGGAAUCCACCGGUUUCUCGGUAAAGGAAUUGUCAGAGUUGGUGGGAGAAGCAACAGUGAGAUUCUAAAACAGUUCACUCUGAGAGAGUUGAGGGGAGGUGGAGAGUACCGGAGAAAACGUCCUCUUCACUUACAUAGAGCGUAUGGAGAUCUCUACAGCCAAAUGAAAGUAUCAGAGCAAAAGCUUGAGGAGGGAGGCCAGAUCCUGCAGUGUUCUACUUCUGGGAUCAUCCGUGAAACACACCUGCAGAAGUACAUUGAUAUCCAUCACUGGGAUAGCCUGCACUAUGUCCUGGAUGACAGUGAUUACUUUGCCAGCCCUAAACAAGGGAAACGUUCAGUGAUUGUGGAGUGGCUGGGCUUGGGCAUCACCCAAUUUAUCCGCACUCCAGAGCCUAUUGGAGCAGCAGAGCAGCCUCAUGUGGUAGAGGAGGCUGAAGAGGAAGAGGAGGAGGAGAUGAUUACGAUCCCUGAGGAGGCCGACCUCAUUCAGGCCGAUCGUGUUCUUGAUGAUGAGGAGGAGGAGGCAAGAAAACCCAAAAAGAAGGACACAAAUGAAGAUGCAGAACUGGCUCAAUAUUUACUUGCCAUGUCCCUGAACAACAAGGAGCAGGAAGACAUGCAGCAAGAAGAAGGAGGGUGGAUGAUGACAGGGGACCAGAAGAAGAAGAGAAAGCAAAGGAUGAAGACAGAGCUGCGGAAGCCAGAAGCAAUGACAGAAAAUGAGGCCAAGCUUGUGAGAGAUGUGUGGAGCCUGGACAUUAACUCACGCUGGAAGCUUUACAGGCACUGGAUACAACGUUACCAGCUUGAUAUUCGCCAGCAAAUAUUGACUCAUGAACAAAAGUAUCAGGAAUUAGCAGAUCGCCUUGCAGAAGUGAAGUUACAAGAGGACCUCCAUAUCCUUCGUAAUGCGAAAGUCAUAGGCAUGACAACCACAGGAGCUGCUAGAUAUCGCCAUAUUCUGCAGGAGGUAGAGCCACGUAUUGUCAUUGUGGAAGAGGCGGCAGAGGUCCUAGAAGCUCAUACUAUAACCACACUCAGUGCUGCAUGCCAACAUCUCAUCCUUAUUGGUGAUCAUCAGCAGCUGAGGCCAAGCGCCAACGUUUAUGAUUUGGCGAGGAACUUCAACCUCGAAGUUUCACUGUUUGAGCGACUCAUCAAAUCUAACAUUGAAUUUGUUCGUUUGAAUUACCAGCAUCGCAUGCGGCCAGAGAUCGCAAGGCUCCUCACCCCUCAUAUCUACUCAGAACUCGAGAACCACUCAUCAGUGCUGAAUUACGAAAACAUCAUGGGAGUGUCAUCCAAUAUUUUCUUUGUGGAUCAUAGCUACCAUGAGCAAGAAAUCCAAGAUGGGAAGAGUCAUCAGAACAGACAUGAAGCUCAGUUCAUAGUGGAACUCUGCAAGUACCUUAUCUACCAAAACUAUAAACCAUCCCAAAUUACCAUCCUCACCACCUACACCGGACAGCUAUUUUGUCUACGCAAGCUCAUGCCCGUCAAGAUCUUCUCUGGAGUGAAAGUCCAUGUGGUGGAUAAAUAUCAGGGGGAAGAGAAUGACAUCAUUCUCCUCUCACUGGUCCGAAGCAAUAAAGAAGGCAAAGUGGGUUUCCUUAAGAUAGCCAACCGAAUCUGUGUGGCUCUGUCAAGAGCCAAGAAAGGUUUGUACUGUAUAGGCAAUAUGAGCAUGCUUGGAACGGUUCCGCUUUGGAGCCAGAUCAUUCUAACUCUAAAGCAGAAAGGCCAAGUUGGUAAGUACCUAAUGCUCUGUUGCCAGAACCACCCUGAGACACGCACCCUUGUGAGCAAAGCAGAAGACUUCAGCAAGGUGCCAGAGGGAGGCUGCAACCGAAAAUGUGACUUUAGACUGAACUGUGGGCAUGUAUGUACCCGUGUCUGCCACCCUUAUGACCUAGAUCAUAAGGAGUAUCAGUGCAACAAGUCUUGCGAAAAAGUACUUUGUAAAGAUGGACACCAGUGCAAAAGGAGGUGUUUUGAACGAUGUGGCCAGUGUAUGGUGGAGGUGGAGAAAGCCAUGCCAGUGUGUGGUCACUAUCAAAUGGUACCAUGCAGCAUCUCUGUGAGUUUAUUCUCCUGUACCAUACCAUGUCAAAAAAUCCUAAAGUGUGGUCAUCAGUGUGACAAGCUGUGUGGCGAAGAUUGUGAAGAGCGUUGUCCAGAAGAAGUCCCUGUGGACCUGAAGUGUGGACAUAGCCAAAUGAUUGAAUGUUGGAAAAAACAUGAUGUAGUGUUUGGAAUGCCUGUGAAAUGCAGGGAACGUUGUCAUUUUCAGUUGCGUUGUGGGCACAACUGCCAAGGAACCUGUGAUAGAUGCUAUCAGGGACGCUUUCAUCAAAACUGCAGACAACCUUGUGAGAGGCUCCUAAUCUGCUCGCAUAAAUGCCAAGAGCCAUGCACAAAUGAAUGCCCUCCGUGCAACAGAAUGUGCGAGAAUCGUUGCAUUCAUAGUAAAUGCCAUAAGAAAUGCGGAGAAAGCUGUGUACCUUGUAUGGAGCCAUGUGACUGGAGGUGCAAGCAUUACAGUUGUAGCAAACUGUGCUCUGAGCCCUGUGACAGGCCGCCAUGUGAUGCCCCCUGCACAAAGAAGCUUAAGUGUGGGCACACCUGCAUCGGUUUAUGUGGGGAACCCUGUCCGAGAAAAUGCCGGGAUUGCCAUAAAGAUGAGGUCACAGAAAUUUUCUUUGGCUUUGAAGAUGAGAAGGAUGCCCGGUUUGUGCAGUUAGAGGAUUGUGAUCAUUUCUUUGAAGUCUCUGCCUUAGAUCAUUAUAUGGGAGUAGACAAUCGUUCGACCACUGAGACUGUAAUUAAACUUAAAACAUGCCCAAAGUGCCAGACCCCGAUCAGAAAAAACUUGAGAUACGGCACUAUUAUCAAUAAGACUCUAGACGAGAUUGAAAAAGUCAAGGAGAAGUUGAAAGGACCAGCAUGUGAAAGAGUUGCUACUCAAAGCCGACUUGAAGUCACAUUGAGGCAGAUGGUUGACGUGAGGAGAAACUUCUCCAUGGAAUACAUAAAGUUAAAAGAGUUGUUGGGAAAACCAGAUCCAAGUCUCAUGGCACUAUCUACACUGGAAAAUUCUAUGUUGUUUUAUGAUAAACUAGCCAAACUUUUCAAUAAUAUUAAAAAUGUGGAUGAUGGGGAAAAAGCUGCCCUGAAGAAUCAUCUCCUUGAAAUUAAGGACUGGCUGGGAAAACCACGAUCAUUUUUUACACAGCAUGAACUCUCUGACUUACAGAGCGAAGUGCAACGUUUUACCUACCUUCUGGAACUGCUUACAAGAUGCAAAAAAGCCUGGGGUAACAUCAGUCCUGCUGGGAAAAAUGAAAUAAAGGCAUUAAGAGACAUCUUGGAAGCAAAAAGAAGCUUCACUGAGAAUGAUGAAAAGCUUGUAAAAAGCAAACUGAAGGAACUAAAGGAGAUCUACCCAUGUACUGGCCUAGGGAUAUCUGAAAAUGAGCGUGUUAUGAUUGUAGCUGCCAUAGGGCUUAGAGCAGGCCAUUGGUUCAAGUGUCCCAACAACCAUGUCUACCUUAUUACAGAAUGUGGUGGGGCAAUGCAAAGGUCCAAGUGUCCAGAUUGCAACGCAACGAUUGGUGGAGAAAGCCACACCCUUGAUCCAACCAAUACUCUGGCAACAGAAAUGGAUGGGGCGCGGCACGCAGCCUGGUCUACGGUUGCAAAUGACAUGAUGAAUUUUGAAGAAUUAAGAGCGCUGGGUGACAUAUGAUUGAACACUUUGAUUUUCUUUGACUUUUUUUUAAUCUUCACCAGGCC